AUGGCCGCGCCACUGGGAAAGGUCGAUCGUCAGACCACUACGCCGUUCUUACUCAAGAUAUUCUAUCAAGUUGGCAGCUUUCAUAGACUCGAGGAAUUCCAGCCCUUAGCAGAUCUCCCUUCACAUAUUCAGAUUUACACAUGGUCCAGCUGUACGCUGCGUGAGCUUUCGCACAUUCUCAGCGAUUCGCUACCUUCCGUCCUACCCGACCCUGCAAUUGGUUGCCGCAUUGCUUUUCGAUUAAUCUAUCCCGAACAAGUUCCACGUAAUGCCCCGGCAUCUGUCACUGGUGGACCCGGAAAAUUUGUCAUGCGAGAUUUGGGAAGUGUGGUAAUUGGGGACAAUAUGCCUAACAGUUUGCCAGACGAAGAAGAUACGCCUUAUGUUAGUGGAGGGCAGCUAGUCGGACCACUAGGGGGCGAACCUGAGAAAACGCUGCAAGACGCGAAGUUUAUGAUUGGUGACUACAUUGCAUGUGCUAUAAUUCCGCCAGAUCAGGACGGUACGGUAGCGCCGCCACCACCACCCAUGGCUAGAACAAGUUAUACCGCAGGACGAGCCGGAGAAUAUGUAUCAAGAGGUCAUCAUAUGAGCUAUAGAGAUAACGGAUAUGGAAGCGGAUACAGGGGGAGAGGCGCACCAAGAGUACCCCCUGGGGAAUGGCGACGAGGGGAAAGAUUACCAGAUGGACCAUCGGGAGGCAGAGGAAGGGGUUUUGGCGGAGGAUUCGGGGGAGGAAGAGGAGGGAGAUAUUAA